GUUUUUUUUUUAAAUAUUGAGAAUAACGAACGAAGUUUUUUUUACUUAGGACCCAAUUAGUUCAGAGUUUCAGAUUUUAUGCUUGAAGAAUUUGCUAUAAAUUAGCAUUUAGCGUGCUAAUUAUGAAAAAUGAAUAGACAAAAAAAUCUGACGACCCUCGCAGCAGCGCAUUUAGUUCGAUAUAAGUAAGAGUAUCCACAGAGUCUCCCGUUCCCGUUGAACCUAUCGAAUUAAGGGAAUUGGAAAGAUGUUGUAUAAUUACAAAUCCACGAUCAUUUAGGGUAAACCUUUAUCACUUCAGCGCUGUUUUCCUUGGUGAGUGGUGACAGCACGCGUUUGAUUGUACUACAAUGCGCGUUCUUUGGUAGUGGUAGGUAGUGUGAGGCAAGACACAUACCAGUCUGUGAUUCGUGAUGGCGCAAGAAACCGUGACAACUUUAAUGGUGCUUGGCCUUACUGCACAAAAGGCAGAAGAAACGAAAAAAAAUGAACAACUUACAUCAGUACUUCUAUCUAUCGUUAAUCAAGCAGUUGAAGAGUGCAAUGGAGCACAGAACAUUGACAGAGAUGUGGGAAAACUGUUGUACAUUUUGGCAACAAAACUACCCAAGCAGUUCCAUUGUCACCUGCCCCUGUUGACUACAUAUGUCACCUCCAGGAAGAUUGAUCAGGAGGCUAAGCUGUUGGCUGCCAUCAAAUUUGUUCAAAAUUGUAUAGGUAGUACAGUUGAUGCUGCUGCUUUGGAAGCCUCAUGUGGUAUUGGGGUUACUGUCACUCAGGACCAAAUAGAGGCUGGCGUCAGCUCCAUUCUUCUAUCUAGAAAGCCUCAAAUUCUUGACCAAAGAUACAAAUUCAACUUUGGUGCAUUAAUGGCUGAGGCUCGCUCUACGCUGCUGUGGGCUGACAGCAAAAAGAUCAAGGAAGAAUUUGAUCUGCAGAUCCUAACAAUGCUGGGCCCCAAAUCAGAAGAAGAUCUGGCUAAGUCAGUCAAGGCGAGCAAGGCUGCUGACAAAACCAAACUCUCCUCCAAGGAAGCUUCAAUAACUGCCAACGAUGGCAAUGCAGCUCUUCAGAAUGGUGAUACGACCACGUGCGGCCUGAGUAUAUUGGAGCUUCUGCGCAAUGCUCCAUUCCACAAGCCAGGAGAGAACCACAAGAGUGAAGGCUACGUCAUCACGCCCAACACAAAAGACCUCCUACAACAACACCUCAAGAUUACCGCUGGCAAGGUGCGUACCAGGUUCCCUCCUGAGCCCAACGGCAUCCUGCACAUCGGCCAUGCCAAAGCCAUCAACAUCAAUUUUGGGUACGCCGCUGCGCACGGCGGCACCUGCUUCCUCCGAUACGACGACACCAACCCUGAGAAGGAGGAGGAGAAAUUCUUUGUUGGCAUCCGUGAUAUGGUCGAGUGGCUGGGUUACACGCCGAGCGCCAUCACUCACUCAUCGGACUACUUCGACCAGCUGUACACGUGGGCUGUAGAGCUCAUUGAGCGCGGCCUGGCUUACGUGUGUCACCAGAGACCUGAGGAAGUCCGAGGCAGAGAUCCUCCGCCUUCGCCUUGGCGCAACCGACCCAAGCACGAGUCUAUCAAGCUCUUCCAGGACAUGAAGCAUGGGAAGUUCGAUGAAGGUGAGGCGACUCUGCGCUUGAAGCUCACUCUUGAAGAAGGUAAAGUGGAUCCGGUGGCGUACAGAAUCAAGUAUGUGAGCCAUCACAGGACCGGUGAUGCCUGGUGUAUAUACCCUACAUACGACUACACCCACUGCCUCUGCGACUCCAUUGAGCACAUCACGCACUCGCUCUGCACCAAAGAAUUCCAGUCCAGACGUUCGUCGUACUACUGGCUGUGCAACGCGCUGAACAUCUACUGUCCUGUACAGUGGGAGUACGGCCGCCUCAACAUGCACCACACCGUCGUGUCCAAGAGGAAGAUUGCAAAGCUUAUUGAGCAUGGCAUCGUUAGAGAUUGGGACGAUCCGCGGUUGUUCACGCUGACCGCCUUACGCCGACGUGGCUUCCCUGCCGAGGCCAUAAACAAAUUCUGCGCCUCCCUCGGCCUCACCGGCGCCCAGAUCACCAUCCAUCCUGAAGCCCUGGAGGCCACCGUGCGCGAUGUCCUCAACUCUUCUGCUCACAGGAGGAUGAUGGUGCUGGAGGCGAUACGUGUGGAGCUGAGCGAGUUACCGGACGACGCUCCCUCCCUCAUCACAGUACCUAACAUCCCUGGUGACGAUGCGGCGGGCAGCCAUCAGGUCGCCUUCGCCUCUGUCAUAUACAUCGACGCGUCCGACUUCAGGGAGGCGGACGAGCGAGGAUAUCGUCGCCUGACGCCCACCCAGAGCGUGGGUUUGCGCCACAGCGGCUACGUGAUCAGCGUGCAGGAUGUGGUCAGGGAGGCAGGCAAGGUGGUGUGCAUCAAAGCCUCCUGCGCCCAAGCUACCGCCAGCAACAAACCUAAGGCCUUCAUCCACUGGGUUGCGCGACCUGCCCUCUGUGAAGUCAGGCUUUACGAUAGACUGUUCAUCCACGAGUCACCGGAGGACCCUGCCGUGGUGCCAGAGGGAUUCUUAUCGGAUAUAAACCCGUCCUCCCUGACCGUUGUGUCUGACGCUAUGGUUGAUGGAUCCCUCGUAGGCGCUGCUCCCUUCACAUCUUAUCAGUUCGAGAGAGUUGGCUUCUUCUCAGUUGACCCUGAUUCCUCUGAAGAAAAGCUGGUCUUCAAUAGAACUGUCGGUCUCAAAGAAGAUAAAGGAAAAAAUUGAAAUUUUACCGUUCUAGCGAAGCAAAAACCUGUGUUGUCUUUGCGACUAUUUAUUGAUUUAAUAACAGCUUUGUUUCUUCUGUUUAGUUAGUUCCUUAAUGGUAAAUUUUUGUGGUCAAUUUUACUUGCAGCAGGUCUUCAGCUUUAUUACUUUACUUAAUAGCAUCGACUAUAGAGUCGAUGCUUGUUGAGAUUUUCUUGUCUCUAAUUUGACGUUCGUUCGAGAGCGUUUUAUAUGAGAAUAAACAGUUGAGCGAUAAUGACUUUGAUACUCUUGACUUAAAUGCGUAAUCCUGUGAUUCAAAAUAUAGUUUUACUAAAGUAUUUUA